AUUUUGGAACCACUACUUUGCUUAUCAGUCGGAUUUGUAACGUUAUCAUGACACGUCUGGAUUUUCAAUUUAGCGAAGUUGAUGAUAAAUUUUAUUAUUUUCUAUGAAUUUCUGUAAUAUAUAAAUGACCAAAUUUAAAAUGUAUAAGGCUUUUAAUAAUUAUUACUGCUCUUUUUUUUUAAACGAUUUCACGAGUACCGAAUGAAACUGAAAACAGCUUUUCGUCAACCAGUAUUAUUGUUAUUGUUGCGUACUUAAUAAAUAAAAACAAUAAUGGAUGUAAGUUUAUAUCAUUUUUAAUUCACCUAAUUGCUCACGAAUUUAACUUGUAAGCUACACAUUUUUUUAAAUUAUAAUUUUUUUACAAUAUACCCAAUUAGUUGAUAUUAUUUAUCAUAAUUUUUAACCAAUCGAAAAUCGUGGUUACGUUUAUUUCUUCUGUUGUGCACUUUACAAAUCCUCUUGAACUAUAUCCACAAACCUUUUCUUAAGGAAGCUCGUAAACAGUUGGCUGGAUAUGGUUGAAUAAUAUUUGCAAAGUUUAUCAUUGGACGAUUGGCAAACUAUUGUCCAGGAUUGGGAGAAAUGGAGGAAAGUAUUGUUGGCUGGGAAAACUUAUAGAGUUUUAUUAGACAGAACAGGGAGAAUAUUUUUAACAAUCUGAGUAACGAUUAUCAUGGUGUUUAUUGGUUUUAAAUACCUAAUACAAUUCAAUUACAAGUACAAUUCACUUUUCUAUUACGUUUCAACAUUUGUGUGUAUAAUGUAAAAAUACUAGUGUACUCUAAUUAAAAUAAUCGGUGUAACAUAUUAUAAAAAAAAACCUACAAUCUUAUUAUUGAUCUUAUAUAAGUUUAUUUUAUUCUCUAUUCAACAAUGUAAUGGUAAAUUAAAAAUUUACUUUUUUCAUAAUUAAAUCAUGUACUUAAUAAGAAAAAUAUUCCAGUACCUAUAUGAAUUCGGUAAACAUUUUGAAAUUUUAUAUUUGAUAUUAACUAUCACUUUAUAAAUCAUUAGAUCUAGUCGUAGUAGCUCUUAAAAUGUAUGAUUUAUUAAAAUUAAUGUUUAAUCAAUUAAAUGUGAAUCAUUAAAAACAUUUAAAUCCUUUUGACAUACAAUUUUGUUUACUUUACACUACUUACAAUUCUUUGUAUUCAAUUAAACAUUAGCAUUUUAAUAUUUAGCUGUUAUAAUUUUUAUUAUUUUUAAAUGUUGGUUGGGCAAUAAAAUCAUAAUUUAUUUUUCAAAUAAAAUCAUUAGUUUAAUAUACAGUGGAUUCCGCUUAAUGUGGGCACAUUGAGACCAGUUAUAUUUGCCCAUAUUAAACGGUUAUCCAUUUUAACCGAAAUUAGAAUCGGUCGGGCCAGACCAUUAUGCACAUAUUAAGUGGCUGCCAUUGUAUAUAUAUUACAUUUUUAUUGUACCUACUUAAUAAAAUCUAAUUUUGAUUUUAAAAUUUUAGUUCAUAAACACAAACAGCCCAAAUGGAGGCCAUACUACAGUUGUAAGUAAAAUAAUAUUUAUAUAAUAAUUAUCUAUUUAAUCCAAUUUCAUUACAUUUAAUUAAGACUUUAAUCAAAUAUACUAGUAGAAAAGGAAGUAGAUUUGAUUUCAAAAAAAAAAUCAAAUUUUAUUUAAAAUACUCAAGUAUUUUUCCUACAAGGAACCUAGAUUUAAGUACCUAAUAAUGUGUUUGUUCUAAGAAAAAAACAAUUGUUUUUAUUAUUCAAAAUACUUACAAUUUUUUUUUUUUUUUUGUAAUAAUUUAGCGGUUCUGAGCGGGUAAGGAAUGUAUUUGUUUUACUAUGAUGUGUUCUGCUUAUUGUUUCUGUCUAUAAUCAACUAUUCAAGCAAGAUACUUGUUACAAUUAUCAACUUCAGGGCAGUUUCUGAUAGAAUAUGAAAAAUAAAUAAAAAGACCUGACAUUUUCACAAAAUUUAUAUAUUAGUACUUUUUAAAUGUUUUAAAUCUAUUCUGAUAUUUUUUUGAAUUACUUAUAGUUAUUUGAAAUUAUUGAGAUUUUUAUGUUGAUUUAAAAGGAUAACAAUUUUUAAAUUCUUGAUAAUACUUAAAAAUAUGCAGGAAUUUUUUAUGUAAUUGUUUGAAGUUCCAAUUUAUAAUAGAAUCUGUAAAUACCAUAUUGCGUAGUACUGCUCGUACAUUUACAAGGUUCUGGGUGCAUAAGUUGAAAUUAGUGAUAAAAAAAAAUUAAGUGUAAUGUUGUAAUUUAUUUUUGUAGUUCUACAAAUAAAUCUAAAUUUUAAAUUAAAUUUAUCAAAAAACAUAACUGCUCAGAAUCGUUUUUCAUAUAUAAUUAUAUUCAUCAAACUAAAAAAACCUAUACAUCUCAUUCUCAACUUCCUUUCCCUUAACUACACCAUUUCUUUAUCCACUCCACAUUAUACCCUCAUAUCUUCCCUAAUACCUUCUGAUCACUUUUUAUUUUAUUUUGAUGACUUAAAAGUAAAUUUCAAUUUCACUAACUUAUUUAUUGACUUUUAGUUCAUCGAAGAUCGACCAAUGGAUAAUGUAGAAGGACGAAUGACUGUGUCGGGCUCACUAAUGCAAAAUAUUGGUGAUCCUGGUUUCAAUACAUUAGAUGAACCUAUUCAAACUACCAUUGUAAAUAUAUCAUUUCUUAAAUACAUCUAUAUACAAUGAUAGCUCUGUUCAUUUUAGAUGAGGGAUUUAAAAGCAGUGGGCAUGAAAUUCAAACAUGUAUUAUAUUUAAAAGAAAAAAAUACACUCCUUAAAGAAUGUAAGUUUCUAAUUACAAUAUUUUAAUAGUUACUUAAUUUAAAAUAUGAAACUUUUUUUUUUGUCAGGGGAUUUGUGGGGCCCUUUGAUGUUAUGCACAUUCAUGGCUAUGUCAGUAAUCAUUUUUAAAUAAAAUAAAUUAGGUAUUCAAAUCUUUAUAAUUUAUUUUAUUACAUAAAUUUAGGGUAUUACAAGGGUCUCCAGAUUCAAAACAUCUACAGGGUGAUGGAGGUCCUGAGUUUUCAGAAGUUUUUGUUAUUAUUUGGAUUGGUUCUGUUAUCAUAACAUUUAAUUCAAAAUUAUUAGGAGGCACGAUGUAAGUAUUUGUAACUGAUUAUAGUAUAUCAUAGGUAUUUAAAUUGUAAUUUUAAAACUAAUUAUUAUUUGAUGUUCUGUUGGCUAAACCAAACCAACACAUAAGUCUGUAGUCUAUAAAUAUAGACUACAGACUUUGUUCAGCUAAGAUCUUUUGCUAAACCAUUGCUAAAGAUCAUGAUGUACAUUGUUAAGAAAAUUAUAUUGAUGGAGUAUGGUUGUAUGUACUUUAAUAAGGAAAUAAAUUCCAUUUACUUACUGUUUUAAUCUACAAUAAUUAGGUAAUCUUGUAAUAUAAUAUAUUUAUGAGACACAUUUUAUCUUAAUAAUUAACGGGGCUAGCAGAGUAUUGAAUAAAAUCAUUUAGAUAUAUAACCAGUUUUGUUGCAGUAUAAUUCUCAUGUCUAGUGGAUAUAUUACAAAUAAUUAUGAAAGUUAACGAUAUUUGCGUAAAAUUGUGUUGUCUGCGUUUAUUUUUUUACUUAUAUGUUACUGUUACAUACAAUUUACAGCUACAUGUAGAUAGAUUCAUAUUUUUAAUGAGUUUAACAUAAAUUUGAAUUUAAAAUACUGACAAAAUAAAUGACUAAAUAUUUAUCCACAUAAUCAAACAAACAAAAAAAAAAACUAAUCAAUUUAAAAUAAGCUAUAAACAACUCAAACAAUAGAAUGUUUAUUCAUAUAAAUAUAAAUUGUACCAGCAUAGUAGAAAUGUAAAAUGUACAUGAUUUUUACAAAUUUUAUCAUAAAUGCCAAAUGAAUAUUAAACAAAUUUCAACAACAAUUUUAAGAAUUUUAAAAAUAGUAUUCACACAAAACAAUUGAAAAAUUUCUGUGUAAACUAUUGUUGUAUAAUUUAAAGAGUUUACACGUGAAAUUUUGUUGUAAACGAGUAAUUUACUUGUGAACAAUUAUUUAUAAUUUACCAUAUCCAUUUCAACAUUUGUUUCCUUUUAUUAUUUACAGUUUUUUUUGUACCUAAUUUAUAUUUUCUAGUUAUCUUUGAUUUAAUAUUUUAAUGUGAUUACAAUUAUUUUGCCUUCAAACUUUUUAUAAGAGAUUGUUUUUAAGUUGUUCUUAUGGUAUAAAUAUAUUUUAAUCUUUAAUCACAAAUUUGUUUCAAUAAGUGUUUAAAGUUCAGAUUUUGAUGACACUUAUAAAAGUCACGGUAUUUUUAGUACCUACUUUACAUUUAUGUUAAUAAACAUUCUUGGGCUCGAUAAAAAUAUUCAAGAAUUUAAUUUAAGAUUAAUCAUAAGUUUUACAUAAAAAGAAAAAGUUAAGUGUCAUGUUGUUAUUUAUUUAUUUGUUAUGUAUUUUAAGUGAUGCACUUUGUUAAAAUACACAAACAAUUGUAAUUUAUUUUGUAGUCACAAAUUUACACAAUUUUCAAAUAUAUCAUAAAAUACUUAAUCUAAAUCUGCCCAAAAAAAUGUUUUGUUGUAAUAAUUUAUUGUUGUGUAUAGUACAUAAACUAAUUUAACAUUCCCAUAUUUUAAGUUACAACAGUGACCUGCAGAAAGCCAGUGACAACGGACAUAUUUUACUUUAAAUAUCCCUGUCAUGUUAUUAUAAUAAUUUGUUUUCAUUUGACUAAUCACAUAUUGAUGAUUUUUUUUUUUUUAGAUCGUUUUUUCAAAGUGUAUGUGUAUUGGGUUAUUGUUUACUACCGAUUGUUUUAGCUUUGAUCACUUGCAGGCUUAUUUUAAUAUUUCAUCAAACCAAUUUCUUGUUUUUCAUUCGUUUUGCUAUAUCAAUUGGUUCAUUUUUAUGGGCUACAUAUGGUAAGUUAUAUACUUAGAAAUUAACAUAAAAAUUAUUCAUGCGGUUCUUAUAACUUUUAUUUUAUUUAUUGUUUUAGCUUCUGUGGUGUUCCUUGGUGAUAGUCAACCUCAAGGAAAAAAGGCUUUAGCUGUGUACCCAAUAUUUUUGUUUUACUUCAUCAUGUCAUGGCUUGUUUUGUCGCACACUGUAUAGCGUUAUGGAUCAAAAUUUUAUUUUGAAUGGUUACGUGAGUUUUGUUUCUAACUUGUAAUUAUUUAUACUAUUUCCAAUGAAGACUGUUCAGUAAUUGUUUGGCUUGAUGUGAUAUAUUUAUGUUGCAAAUUUAAAUACAUUAUUCUUUUUAAGUAUCAGUUUUUUUUUUCAAAUGUUUCUGCACAGUACAUAUAUUUUAUGUAAAUAUUUAGAAAAAAAUAAUCACUCAGAUUGGUCUUUUUUAUAUAUUUUUUUUAAUUUUAGUGUUAUCCAAUUUAAUGGUUACAUUUUUAUGAUGAAUUAUAUUUAUGAUAUUAAUAUUUUGAAAAUACUAUUAAAGCAUAAUAAUUAAUAAAUAAUUUGUUUAACAUGUGACAAUUUUUUCCCCUAUAUUUAUACCAUUAAUUGUAUUUUAUCAUGUCAUAUUAAAUGUUAACAGAAGAUUUCUAAACGUGUAGUUAAAUAGAUUAAAUUUAAUCUGUUCUGUUUUUUGUGAAUUAUCAAUUUAAUCAGAAAAAAAAAACUGUCCUCAUAAACCAAUUUAAAAGUAUUUUUGACCUUAAUUAUUGAAAUUUUAUUUGAACAGACUUCAUUAAUGAAAAUAGAAUUUGUAAAAAUGUACACUUAUUAUAAGAAUAAUAAUUAUAUUAAUAGAAAGAAUAUAUAUUUACACAUUAUUUUUAUUGAAUUUGAUUUUUUUUUUUUUAUAUAUAUAUAUAUAUAUAAUAUAAAAUUAAAUUUAAAUAUAAUUAAUAAUAUUUACUAUUUUUAGUAUUGGUUGGUACCUAUAUUAAAACAUUUAUAACAAUCGUUAAUAUUCAUGGUAUUUUAUUAUAAUAAUUAUUAUUUAUGUAUAUUGUACAACUGGUAAUUAAUGACUAUCAUUGAAUGAGCUAUUACCAUGAUCAUAUUAUAAAUAAUGUAUUCUGCAACAAUUUAAUUUUAAAUACAUUUUUGAUAAUUAUACAAAUUAAUAAUAAUCAACAAAUGGAGAUGAUUUUAAUAUAUUUUAUUCGGUUAAAUACAACUUUGUGAAAUUAUGUUAUAAUUAAAUAUCUAUUUUUAUAUUAAUUGUUUCAUUUUUAAUAUUUUGCAAUAAUACACCCACUGCAAAUUUUAUAAAAUAUUUUUGGUUUCAUUAAAUCUAUUGAUUCAAACUGAUCUAUUUAUUAAAAAUAAAAAUCAAUUACAGUGAUGAGUCAUUAAAGAAACACUUGUAUUUCUUCAAUUUUUUAUGUGGGUCACCUGAAAUAAAUACUCUUUUUUUUAAAAUUAUUUUUAUUUAAUACUUAAGUUUUUAUUCAUCAUUGUAUUAUUGUUUUAAUUUUACAUGAUUAUUUAAAAAUUAAGACAUUCCAUAUCAAAAGUUCAUUCCAUCUAUGGACAGCACACACAAUAUUCAUAUGUGAAAUUCAUAAAUUAUUUAACACACUAAAAUUAUAGAAAUUACAUAUGUUUGAUCGUUUUAAAAUAAAGGUUUAAAUACUUAUGAUGUAUGAGGAUUUAAAUCAGUUGUUUUAAUAAUAUUAAUAGUAAUAAUAGUUCUGAAACUCUGAACUGCAUAAAAAAUGUAGCAAAACACUUAUACUAUUAUUGCAUUAUUUCUUUAAUGUAUGUAAUAUAUUUAUAUAUAAUAUAAAGGUUUUUUACAAUACAAAAAAAAAACCAUAAUAAUAAUAAGGAAUGUUUAACAAAAAAAAAAAAUAAUAAUAAUAAUAAUAAUAAUGAUACUUGACAAUUAAAAUAUACAUACAACAAAAGGAAUAUACAAAAAAAAAAUUGAUCUAUAACAUUUAGGGCUAAAUAAAUAAUUAGAACGUGAAAUAUGUAAAUUACAGGUUUUAAUAAAAAUGAUGUACUAAUAAGUACAUAUACCUAAGAAGAUAAGAAUUGGGGGGGGGGUACGACUCAGGUAACCAAAAAAAAAAAAAUUACAAGUAUGUUUAGUUAAUCUUGUUUUAUUAUUGUUAACUUAAUUUUUAUACAAUAUACUAAUAGUCUAAAAUUAAUGUCUCCUUUACAAACAUUUAGUUACCUGACUUUUGACGUAUACAAAACCGAUUUACGGUCCCUAGUAUUUAUAUAGUAUUUAGGUUAAUAAUAUAAUAUAAUAAUAAUAAUAAUAAUAAUAAUAAACACAAAUACACUUAAUAACUAUUUAAUUUUACUUAUGUUUAUAUUUAUGUAUUUAUGUAUGUAUAUAUAUACAUAUAUAUGCAUGCAUGUGUGUGUAUGUGUAAGUAUGUAUUUUAAUGUAUACUAAUAAAUUCACAUACACUCACAGAUCACAUAUUAAUUAAUUUACGUUAAUACACCCUUCUAUUCUAAUGAUAUGAACAAUGGAACGGUAUACAUUGACAUUUUUUGAUGUUAAAUUUGUUACUGGAGUUAAUAGAGCUGUUUUUUUUUCAGCACAAAAUACAAGCAAAUUUGUAACUUUGUUAAAAGCGAACAUGAUAAUUAUAAAUUGGCUAGUCAUUUGAUGUAUUAAUAUUUUGGUCAAAUGAUUCGACAGUCAAGCUCACAAUGUGUUUGUGUUUUAGUUGAUAAUAGUCGAACCAUUCAAGCUUAAUUUUAAAAAAUCAAUGACUACAAAAGGUAUAGAAAAUAAUAUUGAAUUGUGAGUAAUGGGAUAUGUUGAAACUGUUGGCUCAAGUUUGAAGGCUAUGUCGGAGAAAGAGGUUGAACACAUAAUUUUAGGAACAAUAAUUUAAAAAAAUAAAAUAGAAUACAAAUAUUGGGUUUUAGAAUUCUAUAAUUAAAACUUAAUUUAUCAAAUGAAAUAAAUAAUUAGAGAAGAAAAUAAUCCUAAUGUAUACAAAUUAUUUUCUACGGCUAUACAACUAAGUUUAAAAAAUUGUUAUUGUAUUGUUUUGGUAAACAUCUCAUUGAAUUCAUUAAAAAAUAAUAAUCGGUAUAUAAUCUCUAAGACUUAAAUAUUAUGAUAAGAAUUGUUUAAUGACUACACAAUUGCCUCACAGGCAAGACUUUAGGAACUUUUGUGAAAUUAAACAAAAAAAGUAAGAAAAGGUGAAUUUUAAUGAUAUGUGAAAUUGAAAAAGUUUUCAUACAUUAUUAUACUGUGAUGGACCCAAAAACCGAUAGAUGUUCAGAUGUUAACUUUCAGUUAAAUUUAUUUUAUUGAACAAAUUUUAUAAAACUAAAAAAUAUUAAAUAUGUAGUCAUGCUAAUAAAACACAGCAAACAAUAAUUAUUUGUGUACUUUUGUAUUGUCUUCCUGAAUAUUUUUUUUUUUCAGACUUUAAAAAAGGUUAAACAUUUUAAUUUGCAUACUAUUUUGAGUGUGUAAAAUCUCGAAAAACCACCAUGACCAAUGGUGUAACACAGAGAAGUAACAAUGUAAAACAAUAACAAAAAUAUAACAUGUAUACAGUGUUCACAGAACACUGGCAAUUGGCUUUCUAAGACUAAUUAAAUAAAUCUUAAAUAUUUGAAUUUUAGUAUAAUAUACAUUUUAUUGACCUAGUCUUCUUUCUACUCUUUUUGUACUCUUUGCAUUUAUAUCCCAAGUACAAACAAAAAAGAAAAUGAAGAAGACUAGUUGAAUAAAAUGUGUAUAUUAAAUAUUAAUAUCACCUUUGUAUUUAUGAUUGUAAGAAAAUAUAAGUUGCCGAAAAAAAAAAAACUAAAAUACUUAAAAACAAAUUAAUCAACGAAAGUUAAAAACGCUUGCUAGCACAAAAAAAAAAAAAAACUUAAAAAGUUUGAUUUUCAGACAGACAAUGACAUUAUUUUGAUUAAUCCCCAAAUUUAACGUUGUUAUUUACAAAAUUAAAAGAAAUAAUGGUUCACUAACAUAUUUUAACACAGAUCAAACAGAAAUACCUAUCUAAAAUUAAAUUACUAUAAUAUGACAUAUUAUUUUAAUACUAAUUACUAUUAUUUUGUUGAAAAAUAAUAGUGUUUAUAUACAAACUAUUUAUAAAUAUUUGUAGUAAUAGGUACAUACAAUCAUAAUAAUAUAAAUAUUAUUUUGUAACGAACGAGUCUUUUUUUUUUUUUUUUUUAUAUAGAUUUACUUAAUUAAGUAUUGCAAGAAUUGUUUUUUUUUUUUCUAAAAAUCAUAUUUUAGAUUAUUUUAAACAAUUUUUACAUUUUGUUUAAAGUAUGAAUUUUUCCCAAUUUUCAAUAUGCAUAAAUCAAUAUAUAAUUAUUGAAUGUGACUAACAAAGUGAUAAUUUGCCAUCGACAGGAGCCCUGAAAUAUCUACGUUGACCGAGCUCAUCAAAUCCAUUGUUUAGAGACGAUGAGAUGGACCAAUGUCACUCGCUAUUACUCUGGUGGUGGUGAUGAUGGUGAUGAUGACCUCCAAUUGAUGGAGAUGAUACGAGUGCUAGUGGAUGUCCCGGAGAUGUUAACAUGGGAAACAUAUCGCUUUGAUUUUGCACUGACAUUGAGGCGGUGAACAUAUCAGUGUUAGUCGAUGUGGUUUGACCACCAGCCAUGGUUGUUGUCGGCGGAUUAAUUCGUUUUUCUUUCUGCCUGCGAUUGCAAAACCACACACGCACCACUUCCUUUUCCAUUGAAAGAUUAUCGGCCAAUAUAGAUAUUUCUUCAGACGUAGGCUUAGGAUUUGCUCUAAAUGCUUUUUCCAAUGAAUAUCUUAUAGAAGUCUCAAUGGAUGUGCGUUUUUUGCGACGUCUACCGAUCGCCUCUGGAGUUGUCAAUGGAUUACACAUGGCGCUAGGAUUGGUCAUUGUACUAUCGGCGUCCACAAGCCAUUUUUGCAAUAACGGUUUUAGUUUGCACAUGUUUUUAAAAGACAAGUUUAACGCUUCAAACCUAGAUAUUGUUGUUUGAGAGAAAUCAUUACCAUACAAUUUACCCAUUGCCAGGCCGACAUCACCUUGAGUAAAACCUAAACAAAUAUUAAAUCGAUACAAUUAGUUCCAACUUAAAUGUUAAAUGUUUUUGAUUUGUCUUACCUAAUUUUAUGCGUCUUUGUUUGAAUAGCUUUGCGAACUGUUCUAAUUCCUCGAGAUCAGUGGUAUCGUCAGUGCUGGUUUUGGUUUCUGCUAAUCGACUAAGAGCUGCUGCUGCCGACGAAUCCAAGUCAUUAUUGGAUGAUUGGGUCUGAGCAGAAUGUUUAGAAUGAUGGGACGGUGUUGAUGAGCCGGCAGGCCGUGUCGACUGAUUAGGGCCAACUGGAGAAUGCUGAUGAUUGUUAGUCAUGUUUUGAGCCUGUUGAAUUUGUUGGAGUUGAAGUGAUGCUUGAGUCAAUGCUUGAUGAACCUAAAUUUCAUAAUAUUUUUUAAUAAAUAAUUAUGAAUAAUAGGUACUAACAAUAAUAAUGACUAAAAAAACGAAGACAAUAAUAAUUAUAAUGUAUAAAUUGAACAAAUUUAACUCACUUGAUUUUGAAAAAAGAAUGGAGUUUGGUUCCCGUGUGAUGCCGUAGACUGUCUCAUUAAUAAAUAUUGUAUUUGUUGCUGGAAAAGUGCUUGUAGUUCUUGAGGUGUAAGAGACGAUUGGCCGCCUGGAGGACUUCCGAUUAAUGGAUUACUCUGUGGCGAUAAAACCCCCAAUCCAGGAAUCUAAAUAAAAUAUUUACAAAUCUACAUUAGUAUUUAGAAUUUUUUAUUUUAAAUUAAAUUAUGUUAUACCUGUGCAAAUUGUUGACUUUGUAGAGCAGCCAAUGGAUCACUGCCACUAGUUACAUUUGCAGAACAAUUUCCUGAUGGUCCUGUACUACUAAUGCCUGAGCUCGAAGAACUCCCAGAAUGUCUGUGCGAAACCUACAAAAUAUGCAAAUAAAACUGUUCAAAUAUUGAAACAUUCAUUGUUUCUCAUGCAACGACAUAUAUAAUAUAUUUUUUAAAUUUAUGAAAAUUUAACACAAAUCAUUGUCUAUUGAGUUUUUAUUUCUAGGUCAUUAAAAUAAAACGUACCAGUUACUUUGAAUAAUAUCUAAG